AUGGCGACUGCGAAUAUCUAUGAGAGUCGUCAAGAAGAGUAUCGAGCAGGCACCAUCUCCAUGACUGUUCUGGGUGUGGUUUUUGUCAUUCUGCGGUUUUUGGCUCGUUGGAAGAAAGGCCUGCGGAUUGGUGCUGAUGACUAUGUGAUACUGCUUUCGUUGGUAAGUGCCAUCCUCGUCUCUCUUUUGGAAAAGCCUUACCUGACUGGAGGGCCUUCCGCGAUUGAUUUCAUGAUUCACUUUGGCAUGGGCCGACACGCCGAUGUAUUGCCAGAAGGAAAUAUCGUGAUAAUUGCCAAGGUACGAUCAAAGCGAAAACCAGACACCAAUUCAGACCCGCAGAUUGACAUUUACCAGCUCCUGAUGUCUUUCGAAUGCGUAUACUGCAUGACAUUGGGAAUCGUCAAGAUCUCCAUCUUGCUCAUGUAUGCUCGUAUCUUCCCCACAAGAGGCUUUCGCAUCGCCGCAAUCAUCCUGGGCAGCAUCGUCAUCGGAUGGGCUGUCGCAAUCAUCUGCGUGAGCGUGUUUCAGUGUGCCCCGAUCGCAAAGGCAUGGAACCCUACCCUGUCGGGUACUUGCAUCGACCUCAAGGGCUCGUUCAUCGGAAACGCAGUGCCGAAUAUCCUAACCGACAUCGCUAUCUUGGCUCUGCCAGUGCACGUUGUCUGGGGGCUGCAUGCGACUGUAACGCAUCGGCUAUCGGUAAUUGCGGUAUUUCUGCUGGGCAGUUUCGUCGUCUUCACCAGCGCCUAUCGCUUCUCCACACUCUUCGAAUUCCAACCGAUCGACACCCCCUGGACCCUCGCCAAGGCUUGCACCUGGUGUCUCAUUGAGUGCUCCAGUGGUAUCAUCUCGGCCUGCAUGCCCACCCUGCGUCCCUUGUUCGUCAUGCUUUCCUCGAAAUUCGCGAGCUCGAUCGGCACACGCACACGAACGACUGGCGUACGUGGUUCCGGCCUGAAGAGGUAUGACGUGAGUAAUUCGGCCUUGCGUCCACCGGGCGAAGUCAUGGGCAAACAGAGUGUGCAAUUGGAGAGUGCAACGUGA